AUGCCUGAGCCCACAAAGAAAGAUGAUGGACAACCAGAAGAGAAUCUUGCUCCUGACGGUGGUGACGCUCCACCCCCACCAGAGAUCACUGUCCAGGAAUCAACACGAGAGGCUGAGACGGAGGGGAAGGUCCCCAUAAAGCCUGAGGGGACGGACAUGGUCACAGUGCAAGAGCCAAUAGCAGCUGAGGUGGCAGAGCCACAACCAAUAGUGACCGAGGUAGCAGAACCCCAGCCAGUAGUGACCGAGGUAGCAGAACCCCAGCCAAUAAUCACCGAGGUAACAGAGACCCAGCCAAUAGUGACCGAGGUAACAGAGACCCAGCCAAUAGUGACCGAGCCUGUAGAGAAUGGGCAAAAGGAACCAAUACCUCCACAGCCAGUGGAGGUCUGUGAGGUAAAGGAUGUGGCCCCCAGCACACCUGGUCCCUCUGAUAAAGAUGAUGAUGUCACCAACAGCACCCCAUCACCUCCACCUCCAUCAGAGGACCGCAGUACACCCAAGAAACUGUCUAUUGACCUGCCUAAUGAUAGCGUUCCUGAGUCAGCCAUGGGAAGGAAAGACUCAGUGUGGUCCCUGGGGGAGGGGCAGCCUCCUGAAGACAUUGAGAAGCAGAUUGAAAAUCCUCCUCUGUCCACCUUGCUCAUUGAGAAGCCUCAGAGUGGUUCUAUCACAGUAGGUGGAGACAUCACAUUCAUUGCUAAAGUGGAGGCCAAAGAUCUGCUGCGUAAACCAACCAUUAAGUGGUUCAAAGGGAAGUGGAUGGACCUGGCUAGUAAGACUGGCAAGCACUUGCAACUAAAAGAGAGCUUUGACCGUUUCACAAAGAUCCACACGUUUGAGAUGCACAUCAUCAAAGCAAAAGAGAAUUAUGCUGGAAAUUACCGAUGUGAGGUGACAUACAAGGACAAGUUUGACAGUUGCUCUUUUGAUCUGGAAGUUAAAGAGGUUCCAGAGGCCACUCAGAAUAUUGACAUUCGCUCAGCUUUCAAAAGAAGCAGUGAAGGCCAAGAGGAUGCAGGAGAGCUUGACUUUAGUGGGCUUCUAAAGCAUAGAAACAGCAGGGAGCCCAAGCAAGAGGAGGUACCUGAGGUGGAUGUGUGGGAGAUCCUGAAGAAUGCCAAACCUGAGGAGUAUGAGAAGAUUGCCUUCAUGUAUGGUAUCACAGACCUUCGAGGUCUACUGAGGAGAUUGAAGAAGACCAAGAAAGAGGAAAAGAAGAGUGAAGCUUUUGCCAAGAAGUUGGACCCUGCAUAUCAGGUGGACAAAGGGGGGAAGAUCCGGUUGGUGGUGGACUUGGCUGAUCCAACAGUAGAACUAAAGUGGUACAAGAAUGGUCAGGAGAUCCGUCCCACUCCAAAUAACAGGAAGUAUAUCUUUGAGCACAAAGGCACACAGCGGAUCCUGGUGAUCAACAACUGCCAAAUCAGUGAUGAUGCGGCCUACUCAGUCACAGCAGGAGAGGAGAAGUCCUCUACUGAGCUUUUUGUGAAAGAGUUACCGAUAAAUAUAGUCAAACACCUGGAGCCAGUGAAGACCACAGUGAACGAGAGGAUUGAACUGGAGUGUGAAGUAUCUGAGGAAGGCGCCAAAGUGAAAUGGAUGAAGAAUGGUGUCGAGGUCCCUACAGGAGUGCGAUCUCGUUACCGUGUGAAGUCUGAGGGCACCAAACACUGGCUGAUCAUAGAGGAUGCAACGAAAGAAGACACUGGCACAUAUUCCCUUAUGGCCACUGGGGGCACCACUCAGGCACAUGUUCAAGUUGACUUGAAGCCUCUAAAGAUUCUGCAGGACCUGCAGGAUGUGACUGUGCUGUUGGGCAAGCCACUGAAGCUCCAUUGUGAGAUCUAUCCAGGGAAUGUUCCAGGACGCUGGUACAGAAAUGGUCAACUCAUCCAGCCAAACGAUCGCAUCAACAUUAUACACAGAGCCAAGGUUCACAGACUGGAGAUUGAAAGCGCUACAAUCCAUGAUGCUGGAGACUACACAUUUGUGCCGGAAGGAUACUCUCAGAGCCUUUGCGCCAAAGUUCAUAUCAUAGAUCCACCAAGAGUGCACCUGGAAGCUCUGAAUGUCCAAGACAACACCAUCACCAUUGUGGCAGGGAACAAGCUCCGUCUGGAAAUUCCCAUAAGUGGAGAACCUGCUCCAAGAGUCAUCUGGAUGAAAGGAGAGAGAGUGAUUUUGGACACCGGCAGCCGGGUUAAGGCAGAAACUUUUACUGACCACACUUGCCUCACCAUAGAUGUUACAGAGAGGGAAGACACUGGCAACUACAAGAUUGUUCUGCAAAAUGAAGCAGGAGAGGACACAGGAUGUGUCAAGGUCAAGGUUGUAGAUAUCCCAGACCCACCCGAAGCACCUAAGGUUCCAAUGGUCGGAGGAGACUGGUGCUCCAUGACAUGGGAUCCCCCACAUUAUGAUGGAGGUUCACCCAUUCUAGGGUACUUCAUUGAAAGGAAGAAGAAACAAAGUUCCAGAUGGAUGAGGCUGAAUUUUGAUCUGUGCAAAGAGAAUUCCUUUGAACCUAAGAAGAUGAUCGAGGGUGUGCCUUAUGAAGUACGAAUCUUUGCUGUGAAUGCCAUCGGCGUAUCAAAGCCUAGUGAGCCUUCCAAACCGUUUGUGCCUUUAGCUGUGACCAGUGAGCCUACCAUGCUGGUGGUGGAUGACGUCACAGACACUACAGUGACAAUGAAGUGGCGUCCUCCAGAUACAAUUGGUGCAGCAGGAUUAGAUGGCUACCAAGUGGAGUACUGCAUUGAAGGAACGGACGAGUGGAUCUUGGCAAAUAAGGAGUUGACAGAGAAGACCAGAUAUACAAUCACUGGUCUGCCUACUGAAGCCAAGCUCUUGGUGCGAGUGAAAGCCAUAAAUGCCGCUGGAGCCAGUCCCCCACGCACCACUCAACACUCCAUCCUGGUCAAAGAGGUGAUCGAGGCACCAAAGAUUCGUGUACCACGGCACCUGAAGCAGACCUACAUGCGCAAAGUCGGAGAAGUCGUUAACCUUGUUGUGCCAUUCCAGGGAAAGCCAAGGCCAAAGGUCACCUGGCUUAAAGAUGGACAGGCCAUUGACCCCACACAGGUCAACAUCCGCAACACUGAAACUGACAGCAUUUUCUUCAUCCGCAAGGCCGAGCGAAAACACUCGGGGAAAUAUGAGAUGACUGUUCAGGUGGAGAACCAUGUGGACACUGCCAUCCUGGACAUCCAGAUUGUGGACCUUCCUGGACCACCAGCAUAUGUUAGAAUAGAGGAGGUUUGGGGGGAGAAUGUUGCCCUGGACUGGGGCCCUCCAAAGGACAAUGGCAAUGCUCCCAUCACAGGCUAUACCAUCCAGAAAGCGGAUAAAAAGACUAUGGAAUGGUACACAUGUAUUGAGCACUACCAUCGCACCUGUAUUACAAUCUCAGAGCUGGUGGUAGGAAACGAGUACUUCUUCCGAAUCUUCUCAGAGAACAUGGUUGGACUGAGUGAAGCAGCCACUGUAACCAAAGAUAGUGCUCUCAUUGUCAAGGAAGGACUAAGUCUCAAGAGCCCUGAAUACAUCGACUAUGACUUCACUGAGGCUCCCAAGUUCACCCAGCCGCUAAUCAACACCUUCGCCAUAGCUGGCUACAACGCCACUCUCAACUGCAGCGUUCGUGCCAACCCCAGGCCUAAGGUCAUAUGGAUGAAGAACAAAAUUGCAAUUGUGGAUGAUCCACGCUACCGUAUGUUUAGUAACCAAGGUGUAUGCACUUUGGAAAUCCGCAAACCCAGCCCUUAUGACGGGGGUGUCUACAGCUGUAAGGCCAUCAAUGAUCUUGGAGAGGCUCAGGUUGACUGCAAACUGGAGGUCAAAGGGGGGUUUACCUUUUAUGAGCUGAUGAAACGAGGAGUUCCCUUACACCUGAUUGACAAGUACAUGAACGAGGCAAAGGGCUCAGAGUCAGACAAGAAGGGCUCGGACUGA